CGGGGCGGGGCCGGGCAGGGCGCCCGGCGCAGGAAGGACCGUUAGGCGCCAGAUGUUUGGCAGCCGAGCGCAGAGGAAGUGGCUGCCGGGACGGACGGACGGACGGACGGGGAGCGGCCCGAGGCCCCAGCGCUGCCGCCAUGCCCCCGGCCGCGCCCCCCGCCGCGCCGCCGCCCGGGCCGCCCGCCCGCGGGCCGCUGAGCCUGCACCGGCCCUUCCUGCGCAGCCCGCUGGGCCCGCUGCGCCUGGGGCAGCUGCUCCUGGGCGCCGCCUGCUGGGGGACGGUGGCGGCGCACAAGUACGAGGGGGCGGCGCACUUCGCGCUCUUCGCCGCCGUGCUGGCCUGGCUGCUGGCGCUGGCGCUGUCCGGCCUCAGCCUCCUGGGGCGCUGGGCGCUGGUGCCGCUGCUGGGCGCCCGCUGGCUGCUCACCAACGCGGCGCACGACCUGGUGCUGGGCGCCGGGCUCUACGCGGCGGCCGCGGGCGUCAUGGGCCACAAGGCGGAGCGCAACAGCUACUGCAACCUGCGCGGCUACAGCCAGCCCUGCCUCUACCGCGCCUACCUGGCCGCCGCCGCCUGCGCCGCGCUGGCCGCCGCCCUCCACCUGCUCUCCGGCCUCUACUGCCUGGCGCGCCGCUGCCGGGGCCACCGCGACAUCGUCUGAGCGCCCUCCGCCAGGGAUGGAUCGCCCCCGGGACAGACCGACAGACGGAGCCCCUCUGCCCCGCCAGGGACGGAUGGCCCUUGGGACAGACCGACAGACGGAGCCCCUCUGCCCCACCAGGGACGGAUCGCCCCCAGACUGACAGACAGACAGAGCCCCUCUGCCCCACCAGGGACGGAUCGCCCCCAGACUGACAGACAGACAGAGCCCCUCUGCUCCGCCAGGGACGGAUCGCCCUUGGGACAGACCAACAGACGGAGCCCCUCUGCCCCGCCAGGGAUGGAUCGCCCCGGGACAGACCGACAGACAGAGCCCCUCUGCCCCCCAGGGACGGAUCACCCCCAGACUGACAGACAGACAGAGCCCCUCUGCCCCGCUAGGGACGGAUCGCCCCCGGGACAGACCGACAGACAGAGCCCCUCUGCCCCGCCAGGGACGGAUGGCCCUCGGGACAGACCGACAGACGGAGCCCCUCUGCCCCGCCAGGGACGGAUCACCCCCAGGACAGACAGACCGACUGACCACUCCCGGACUGAUGGCUCCCCUAGGCAGGCAGGGACCCGCAGCCCCCCGACACAGGGACCCCCCGCCCUGGAGGAUGGACAGACACAGGCUAGUCUCAGCCAAAGAACCCCAGCCCCGAUUGCCCAAAGGUGGGGGCUGCCGGCCCUCGGGCUCCCCCUUCCGGCUCUCACAGGUGGGUGCUGGCUCUGGGUCUCCGCUCACUCGCUCUCCAGGGGGCGGAUGGGCACGGGGAGCCUGGGCUGUGGGGCUGAGACAGGAGGGAGCAGGCCCCCAUGGCUGUCGGGGAGGGAGGGGAGUUCAGAGCCAGGGGCUGCUCUGACACCCCAGGAACCCCUCCUAGCACCCACUGCCCAGCCAGGAUGAGCUUCCCAGGAUCAGCCCCUCCCCAGGCCAGAAACGCCCAGGGAGAAGCCCUGAUCUAUGAGAACCGACUUCCCAGAGACCCCUCCAAAGCUCCCCAGUGGGACCCCCUGGUGUGCUCUGAGACCUCCCCCCACCAGGGGCUGAGCCCUCACUCUCCCCUGCCCCCACAUACAGCCCCUGCUCCUGCCCCAUCCGCUCAGGGACAGAACUAUGUCCCCAGACGCGGCCCCCUCCUAGGCUGGGCGGGUGGCAUGUGGCGGGAAGGGGAGUCCAGUGCCAGCCCAGAGCCACCACCCUUUCCCUGGCCGCAUGCUCCCAGAGAUUGAGGCCCCAGCAGGGCAAAGCCCUUGCUCACUGCUGUUGCCUAUGCUCAGCCCUGACUCAUGGAUGCGGGGCGGGGGGAGCAGGGGCUGGGCCAUGCAAGAUGUUCCAGGCCCGGGUCUGUCAGGGCAGCCUGAGAGCCCUCUUCAGCUCAGCCUCCUGCUCGUGGGUGUGUCUCUCCCUAGUGCCCUUUUCUUUGCAGGGGCCACACAGCCCCUGACAGACUGUACACAGGGAUCUCCACACCUGCCAGGGAAACGCCAGGGGUGGCAUGCAGCAGUUGUUUAACCCCGGUGCAGCUGGAGGGGACUGGGAAGCGAAAGAUACUGUGCCCAGUUGACGUUGCAGGGUGGGACGGAUUUGAGGUUGGUGGAAUUUAGCCCAAUAAGGAAAUUCAAGGGAAAGACGGGCAGGUUUCAUAACCAAGCAGAGACCCCGCCGAGAGGAGACAGCUCCACCUUCGGAAGAUGCCCCUUGGAGGGCCCCUCCGGCAGGGCAA